AGCAGCGCCGUGCCAACGGCGCGAGCGCAGCGGCGGCGGAUGGCGUCCGUGCAGCGGCGCGGACGGCGGUGGCGACGGACGCCACCGCUGCGCAUGCUCUUAGGCUAAAAGUUAUUCAUUGAUCUACUAAUAGCUACUUUAACUAGCAAUUAAUCUUCUUAGCCAGUCUCUAUAAAUUGAGCUCCAACCUUAUUAACUUCUACAAAUACCUCUUGCCCUCCAUAUGAAUUUGAGUCUCUCUCAUGACUAAGAUGGAGAAAAGACCAUGCAAUGAACCAGAAGUGAGGAAAGGGCCAUGGACUAUGGAAGAGGAUCUCAUUCUCAUAAACUACAUUGCUAACCAUGGUGAAGGUGUUUGGAAUUCACUAGCUCGAUCCGCCGGGUUGAAGCGCACCGGAAAAAGUUGUCGUCUCCGGUGGCUGAACUACCUUCGGCCGGAUGUGAGAAGGGGCAAUAUCACGGCGGAGGAGCACCUUUUGAUCAUAGAGAUGCACGCUAAAUGGGGUAACAGGUGGUCGAAAAUUGCAAAACAUUUGUCCGGAAGAACAGACAAUGAGAUAAAAAAUUAUUGGCGAACUCGAAUUCACAAGCACAUAAAACAGUCUGAGAAUUUCGCUACUUUGCCCUUGAGCAAUUUCGAAGAGCCAGUCUUCACUAACCAAGUUCACUCCAGUUAUGUCCCUGCGGAUAAUGCACUUAGCCAAUCAAAUGAUCACAAUAUUUGGGGCAUGGAGGACUUUUGGUCCAUGCAAUUACUUCAUUGAGACUAAUUAUAUGUUUAUAUAUUUCAUAAAAAAAUAUAUCAAAUUAUUAUCUUUUCUAUUCUAUAAUUGUAUUUUAAGAAUUGUUGUGGAUUUA